UGCCACAGACUAAAAUAAAUAAGGGGGAGGCAACCUAACAAGGGAACGACUCCCACCUUGGCACUUCGGACCCUCUCACCUUCCUCUGCAAGUCUUCCAGCCUGAACUUGGGACAUGUGCUACUUUGAGGAGUUCAGCCUGCACAAUGACGGUGGGGAACAUAGAUAGUGUCGAGCUGUUCGAUGCUGGGCAGAAAGGUCGCGGCCUUAGAGCCAGCAGAGACCUCAGCACCGGGGAGGUGGUCUUUGCAGAGCCCAGCUUUGCUGCUGUUGUCUUUGACAGUCUGUUCAUGCAGGUGUGCCAUAGCUGUUUCCGUCAGCAGGCCAGUCUACAUUGCUGCGCCCAAUGCCAGUUUGCCUUUUACUGCAACCGCACUUGUCAGGUUGCAUGCUGGGAUGAACACAAGAGGGAAUGUGCAGCCAUAAAGAAGAUUGGCAAGGCACCCAAUGAAAAUGUUCGUCUUGCAGCUCGAGUGCUGUGGCGCCUUCACAAGGAUACAGGCAUUGUUUCAGACAGUCAGUUGCUCUCAGUCGAACAGCUGGAGGACCACGUGCCUGACCUGCCAGAGAAGAACCUUAAACAGCUCGGGCUCAAUGUUCAGAGUUUCCUGAAAUAUUGGUCCCAUGGAAGCAAACAGCACUCAUUUGACUACGUCUCGCACAUCUUUGGCAUUAUUAUGUGUAACGGAUUCACCAUGAGGGACCAGAACGGCUUGCAAGCUGUCGGCCUGGGGCUUUUCCCCAACCUGUGUCUGGUCAACCAUGACUGUUCGCCCAACUGCUCUGUUGUCCUCAACCAUGGCAACCAAAAUGCUGUGAGCUCUGCUCUCCAUUCUCAGAGGAGUUCGGUCCUGUUUGUCAGGGUUGAGUUUCGAGCUUUAGGAAAAAUCCCUGAGGGUCAAGAAUUGACUGUCAGCUACAUCGACUUCUUAAACCUGUCUGGUGACCGCAAGAAGAAGCUGAUGGAGCGUUACCACUUUGAGUGCAUGUGCCAACACUGCAGCCAACAACUCAAGGAUGACCUUAUGAUGGCUGCUGCAGAGGGCAAACCAUCUGCUGAGAAGCUGAAAGAGGUGACUGCCUUCAGUAAAGACUGUCUGGACAAGAUCGAGAAAUGCCGUUCUGAGAAAGAUUUCCAUGAGGUGGUGAAGCUGUGUGCUGAGUGUUUGGAUAAGCAGGAGAACGUCUUGGCUGACACUCAUCUGUACAAACUGCGUGUGCUAAGUGUAGCCAGCGAGGUGCUUUCAUACCAGCGCUUGUUCUCUGAGGCUGCAGUGUACGCUCAGAGGAUGGUGGAUGGAUACACGAAGUUAUAUCCCCACAACAACGCGCUACUGGGCUUGGCCAACAUGCGUGCAGGUGUCAUGCAUUGGCAGUCGGGACAAACUGAGCUGGGACACAACAUGAUCUGCAAAGCAUACGGCAUUCUAAUGGUCACCCACGGCCCCAACCAUACUAUCACCAAAGAAUUGGAGUCCAUGCGCAUGCAAACUGAGAUGGAGCUGAAGAAGAAAAAGAAAGUCAUGUCAGACUGAACUACACACAGAUGACUCAAGUGGAGCGGAAGUAACCUGAACAUGUGAUAUGAUGUGUACACUAACUACAAUAAAACUGAAGGUAAACGUG